ACCGGAAAUAGAUUCGACGCUGAAGAGACGCUUGCGAAAAUGAACUCUUGAUAGCUGUCAAGAUUACUACUUAAAAAUAUCUCAACGGCACACAGGGAACAGUGAAUACAUUAUCGAUAGCCUCGACAUACACAAUAAGCUAGGUCUGAUAUCUGUGUCAUAUUGAAUCUGUGUAGUGAUGGAGGGUCAGGAUAAUGCAGAUCAGGGUGGCAGUGAUCAAUCUGAAAUGCAGCGGAGGAGACAGCUGGACCGUCUUGACAGAGAAGAGGCUUUUUACCAGUUUGUCAACAAUCUAAGUGAAGAGGACUACAGGCUCAUGAGAGACAACAAUCUGCUCGGCACCCCCGGUGAAAUUACUGCAGAUGAACUGUUGAACCGCCUUCGCCAAAUCAAAGACGGCCCUGAGCCGCCCAGCAGUGACACGACUGAGGAAAGACGGGAAGGGCCUCCUGAGACCGAGUCAGAGGGCACAGAGGAAAACUCCAAUGAGGAGACCCUUCUUGACUGGCUCAACACUGUUCGGCAGACUGGUAACACAACAAGGAGCGGUAACCGGGGUAACCAAUCAUGGCGGGCUGUAAGCCAAACCAAUCCCAACAGUGGAGAUUUCCGCUUCAGUUUGGAGAUCAACGUCAAUCGUAACUUAGCCGAGCAGCAAACGCAGACAGAGAGGUCGGAAGAGGGACAAGAAAGACCAGAGGGCCAAGAAACACCAGAUGGCCCCACGUCUGAGCCCGAAGUUCCUAUGGAGACAGCAGAGGUGGUUGAAGACCCGGUGGUGGAGGAGGUGGCUGUUAUAGUAGAGCCAGAGGUGCAAGCUCCCAGCGCCCCAUCUCUAAGCAGCGAAGCGAUUGCGCAAGAUCCACCAGUGUCAACUCCUCCGACCUUGACUCCAGUAGAACAACCACGUAGAGGUCAAAUAAGGGCUCGCAGCAGAAGCCCAGAGCAACGACGGACAAGGGCUCGCACCGCAAGAGGUCGAUCACCUCUUAACCUUGAAAGAUUAGAUGGACUCGCACCUAUUCAGCAUGGCCUACCUCCUCAUAAUCCCGAGACCCUUCCUGAGCCCCAGGUGGAGGGCAGCUCGAGAACUCGUCAACUGUUUUUGCCCAGGCAAAGCACCGUGGGAGCUGAGACUCCAGAACCGGGAGCAGCCCCUGAGGCGCCUGAAGCGCCGCAGGAUAGAGAGACACCUGCCGGAGAAGCAGGAGCUUCAGGUCGACGACCACCCACCAUAAUGCUGGAUUUACAGGUACGCAGGGUGCGACCCGGAGAGUAUCGCCAGAGGGACAGCAUCGCUAACCGCACGAGGUCUCGUUCGCAGACUUCCAAUAAUACUUUAUUGUACGAGACAGAGCGUGGGGGUUUCCGUCGGACCUUUUCGCGUUCUGAACGAGCCGGAGUGAGAACGUACGUAAGCACCAUCCGCAUUCCCAUUCGUAGGAUCUCGGAAGCCGGACUGGGGGAAGCCACUUCCCUGGCUCUGCAGUCCAUGAUUCGGCAGAUCAUGAAUGGAUUUGGUGAACUCAGUUACUUUAUGGACUCCGACUAUUCUGACUCCAACCGUGAAGACAGCCCACCGGCGGACCUCGUCGAUGCACUAGGUAACCCCGAUGUUUCAACCGUACCUGCUUCUUCUGAAGCGGAUUCUUUAGUUUCUGGGGCCGAAGCGCCCAACCAGGGUGGUUUAGAGGCACGGACAGAGGAGAGGGAGGCGGAAGGUGGAGUGCCCGGUGGUGCCGCAACUCCUCGGGAGAACCGGGCCAGGCCACGGGCUCCCAUUAGUCUAGAUGAGACUACGUCUCUGCCGUUUCUGCGACUCGCGCACUUCUUCUUACUCAACGAGGAAGAUGACGACCAGCCACGAGGCCUCACCAAAGAGCAGAUCGAUAACCUGUCAAUGCGAAACUUUGGCGAGAGCGAUGCGCUCAAAACCUGCAGCGUCUGCAUUACGGAGUAUGCCGAAGGCAACAAGUUGCGAAAGCUGCCCUGUUCUCACGAGUACCAUGUGCACUGUAUUGAUCGCUGGCUUUCAGAGAACUCAACGUGCCCUAUCUGUCGCAGGGCGGUCCUUGUUUCCAGCAACCGAGAGAGUGUUGUCUAGCCGAAAUCGGUUCUGUGGCACUCCAGCGUAUUUCAUGCCUCUUUUUCUUAGUACGUAGUCAAGCAAGGACUUUUAUUCAUACUAUAUGAAGCCAUCAUUAGGUUUUACCGUAUUUAAUGGGGUUAGCCAGAAAGAAGUUUGUUUCCAAACUAUAGAUCAGUGUAUUUUGACCCAUAUCAAAACGGAGGAGGUUACGGUGCAAUAUGCAGCUGAUGUAGACUGUGCUAUAAGCCCUGAUUAUUCACUCGUGCUGAGGAUCAACAUUGUUAUUUAACUUGUAAUGAGGGGCAAUGUACAAUUAGGAGAGGUACCUUUGAGAGGUACAUGCAGUUACAUACAAUAAAUAUGAAGCGAUGUUAAGCAAGCACCCAUAUUAGAUUUCAACGUUUAUUUUUUUGUUUGUUUUGUUUUGCAAUAAAAGUCAAAUUAAUAACACUGCAGACCAGGUCAGUUCAAUUUUCACUUGACAAUUGGAACGUCAUAUUCCUAAAAUCCAGUCUUUGCAGAGUCUUAAAUAUUUGUGGUUUCAUACAGUGUUUGUUUUUGUUAUAGUCCAUGUACCAGUUGCACCAUUGUCAUAAAUGUCUAAGCACAGUAGGACAUUUCAAACAGUAUUUCCAAAUGAAUUUGUUAUCUUUUAUGGAAAAAUUGUAAUUUGGCAUUUUAAAAUCAUACGGUCAGACACCUAUUAACCGGGAAAGGCUGUAAAUAUGCUAUAGGAAUGCUUCAGGUUGUGUUAUUCCCGUCUUCCCACACUUGACUAUCAGAUGGCGGAUUCAAACUUAUUUCAUAUACAAAAAAUACAACAACUAUGGCUACAUAUAGGCAACGUUGUGCAAUGCUAAUAGGGGAAAAUGUAAAGAACAUUUUGACAUUGACUUGUAUGUUGUAGUCUGUAAAUAUUAACAAUUAAAAUGAAGACUUUAACCUAAGUUUUUCUAACAGUUCUGUACAUUGAAAAUAACUUCAUUUAUCUUACUUUAAUGAGGAGGAAAUUCAAAUUUUCUCAUUAUAUAAUGGUCGGUUCAUCUGGGCACUAAAGGGAUAGUUCACCCAGAAAUGAUAGUAUUUUUUGGUAAACUAUUCCUCAAGGUUCUUUAAUCCCAUGAGGGUACAAAAAUGCAGUGUUAUUAUUUAGAAACAAUAUGUUAACUGAUGUCAUUGUUUCUGUGUUGACUUUGAAGCCUCAUAGCCCCAACCACGAGUUGUGUCAGAAUUUCACACAAACUCUUGUCAAAAUGCACAUAACUGUUUAGUUCUGAGUUCAUGUAUUAUAGAAUUGAAGAUUUUCAGCGUCAUAUUUAUGGGAUAUUUUUGAGUCAUUUUUGACUGGCUUCCAAUUUACGAUGUUUAAAAUGAAUAAAAUUAUUUCCUCA